ACUUAUGACAGCUGAACUCACACACGAGUGAGAUGAACGCGGGAGGGAAAACGCCGGGAGAAUCGACAAACGUCAGACGUCUGGGAUGCUUGAGAGCGCUCCGUGAUUCUGGAAUUCCCUCUGAGCUUAAGAUGACAUGUGGGGACACGACUUCUCUCUCAGUUGUCAGGGAUGUCUGCGUGAUUCAGAAAGAAAAUCAUCUUCAGCAUGUCCGAUGUUAAGUUCAUCCUGAUGCUGUGCAAGACUUGUGUGAAAGGAAAACCGCAGACUUCUCCGAAGAAAAUGGUAAACAGUGCUGUGAGUGAGGAGGAAACGAGAAUUCAAGACAAGGAAAGUAAAGAGGAAUCCAUUCUGGCCAUGCUGGGGAUUAUCGGGACUAUCCUCAAUCUAAUCGUCAUCAUCUUUGUGUACAUCUACACAACCCUGUAACAGUCACAAAACAAACACUAAGAAAUCUCUGAACUUGGCUAUGACUGGCUGAGAGAUUUCAGGAUGGACAAACCGGGCCAGUGCAGCGGGAGAGCACAGAGACGAAUGUGCGUUCACUCAACGAUCCGGACGCUGCUGGAAACACAGAGGAUGCUCAUAAACUGUACAGAUGCAUGAUCUACACACACAGGAUCAGGAGGGCUCCUCUAUGCAUGAUGCAGAUCUUGAAGAGCCCACCUCUCUUACAGACUCUACAAGAGAUCUUCCCACAACUAGUUUUGCACCCGUCAGAAUUUCAAAUGCACACCUCUCUUUUCCUCACUAUAGACCUGAGUAUCAAUUCAGACCUUGAUAGAUAUUACUCAUUAAUGAGACCCAAAUUCUGUCAUUAUUUAUUCCCAAAAAUCUGUUUCUCACUCCUUCUUCAGUGAAAAACAUAAGAAGAUAUUUUGAGAAAUGUCUCAGUGUAUUCAUCCAAUGGAAGUCGAUGAGGUUCAAUGUUGUCUAAUGGGCUAGUUGCACAAGAUGGCGCCAGUGAGCUUUUGCGACCCAGAGUCGGCAGACUAUAACACUCGAGUUGUUUUCAGCAAUGUAAAGAGGAUCUCUCAUAUCGCUAAUAUAUUAGUUUAACUUUAUUUUUUAUCUUAAAAACACCCAUAAAUCCUCCUUCUCCCAUACAGUGUUAUACAACCGGAAAUUACUUCCCAAAAGCUCACAAGCGCCAACUGACCAAAGCAUACAAAUGUGAGAAUUACACAUUAAAACACAGAUUUUUAAUUAGAGUUAGACUUUAAAAUUUUAUGUCAGUUCCACUAUUGAAUAUAUGACAUAGUAUUUAGUUUAGUUACGUCAGAAGUUACUGUAAUUUAAUUACAGACGAACCAAGAGUAAUCCCUUACUUUACUUUUCAAGGGAAAGUAACUAAAUUACAGUAACAAAUUACUUAAGCCUGAAAUACACUACCAGACUUCUAUGCAGAUGUUUGACCAGAUUUCCAGUCUGAGUUUGGGCAGUUGGCAGAAUCUUAUUUCUCAUAAAGUCGUUUUCAGUUCAUGAUGGUAUGGACUUGAUUUUUUAUUUGUAGACUCCAGUCGUAGGAUAUCAAAACAUGUUUGAUAUUUUGCGCCGAUUUUACAACACAUACGACAUGUAUCUACACAGUUCCACUUUUAAACAUGCAUCAGAGAUGUCUCUCUGUAUGUGCGGCGUGAGAAAUCACAGGAUGCCAGCGGUAACUUCCACGUGUUGGUAGAUUUUACCAAAAAAAGCAACAGAAAAUAAAAACCUUGUAUAAAAAGAAAAAAAAUAGAUUUUAAAAGUCUUGUAGUGUAUUCCAGCCAUGAGUAAUAGUUACACCCAACAUUGUUUGAGAAGUGCAUUCAUCAUUUAUAUUGUUUGUGUGUCAUUCUGUGUUAUGUUGUAAAACUGAGUAGAUGUGAGAUUUAGAACAAGUUUCAAGUGUUUAUUUGUGAAAUAUAUUUACCUUCUAUAUAUAUAACGUUUGUUUAGCAUUUAUUGAUUGUGCAUCUUAAAGUUUCCGACUGAGGAGAUGAAAGUUUUUCUAGCCGUUAAAGUUCUAUGUGUCAAAUAUACUUCUUAACGUUUUCACUCAGAGCUGUUAGAAAACAGACUGACACCGUUGAUGUUUAGCAUACAAACAAGCUGCAUUUCCUUAAGAGACGUCGAUACAUUUUGCUACAUUGAAAGUAAACACAAUGUCCACAAAACAACGUAAUGGGUUUCAACGAUUUGUACUUUUGUUAUUUUCCUAAAGUCACCUGUACUAAUGUUGAUAAAAGCACAAGAGCUGCAAGGAUGUUUGCAGAAGAAAUGAAUGUACAUCAUGUCAACAGAUCAAUGACAUCCAGCAGUCAAUGCACAAAGUGCCUGUUUUCUGCUUAAUAAUCUUACGCUACAUGAAAUCAAACUGUUUCUCUGUUUUAUUUGUUUCUCUGUUGCAGUUUAUGCAUUGAUUUCUGAACAUCAUGAGAUGAGAAUGUAUUUUAAUAAGUUAUGGACAUUUCAUGUCUUUCUGUUGAACAGAUUCACUUAAACUGCUCGAGGGAAUCAUGUCAAAUCCUAUUAUUGACUUUCAUUCAGGUUUUACAUGUAUUUCUCUUUUCUUUCUGGACAGAAUGAUGAA